GCAGGGCACCGGAAAUGUGAUUUCCAGCUUAACCACUGAGCCGGACAGAAGCUGAGAGAAGCUGCGGAGCGCCGUGAUGCUUCUCGCCAUCUCGCCCAAAGCAGAGGGUGUUUAAAACUUUCUACCCCACUGUUUUAUUCCAUCAACGAGACUCGUGACCUCGAUUUCAGUCCAAAGCCGCCUCAGAGAAAAAUCUGACCAUGAGCUUCACACAGCUGGAGACCUGAACGGGUCUGGAUCGGGGUGAAGAUGCCUCAUGGACAGCUCCAUCACCGCCAGUGCGCCAGUUCAGGGCAUUCCGAGCGCCAAAUAACACAGAAAUGCCGAGGUUUAGCGCCAGAUGGGUGGUUGCGCUGGUGCUGAUCGGCGUCAUCGGGGGUGCCUUCUUUUUCUGCGAGUACCUCAUCUACUUUCCCACCAUCCUCAAGUGCGCCUGGCCGAAACUCAGCCAUGCCCGGGGUGGAGAGGGCAUCGACGGGCGGCCCUUGGACUCAACCGUCCGCGCAAUGGUGCUGUCGGACACCCACCUCCUCGGAGCUGUGGGGGGACACUGGUUCGACAAGCUGAGGAGGGAAUGGCAGAUGGAGAGGGCUUUCCAGACCGCUCUGUGGCUGCUCAGGCCCGAAAUCGUCUUUAUUCUCGGGGAUAUCUUCGACGAAGGCAAGUGGAGCUCUCAGAAGCACUGGGAGGACGACGUGCGCCGCUUCCACCGGAUGUUCCGCCACUCCACCGACACGGAGCUGGUCGUACUGGUUGGAAAUCAUGACAUUGGUUUCCAUUAUGACUUAGCGUCGGAUGCCCAUGAUUCAGAGAUGUGGGAUUAUGCGGUCUGGCGGCGCCUCAUCUGUGCUUUGAUGCGACCCCGUGCAGCAGGAAGCGGGCCGGGCGGCGCUUAUGUAACAGAGCGUGACAGACAGAGAGAGACAGAGCAGCAGGUUUGUGCGCGCCGUGACAGCCGUGUGGUGUCUCCCCGCAGGAUGGACUGGUUCAAGCUGCAGCGCUUUGAAAAGGUCUUCAACGCCUCCUCCACCAGAAUCGUCACCAAAAAGGGAGUCAACUUCCUGCUGGUGAACAGCGUGGCCCUGCACGGGGACGGCUGUCCCAUCUGCCAGUCGGUGGAGAAGGAGCUCAUCAAACUCUCCGGAGACCUCAACUGCUCCCUUCAGAAGUCGCAGGCCGGCGGCGAAGGCGUGGAGGGCUGCGAGGGCGCGCGCCAUUACCCCCCCACCGCCCCCAUCAUGCUGCAGCUGGACGUGGGAUGUUGUGGUCCACUUUCUGCCGGGCUGACCGUGUGCCCUGUCCCCCAGCACUACCCUCUGUACAGAGUGAGCGACGCCGGCUGCACGGGGCGGGACGCCGCGCCGCCCGAGGAGCGCCACCUGCUGUUCAGGGAGAAGUACGACGUGCUGUCCAAGGAGGCCUCUCAGAGGCUGCUGCACUGGUUCAAGCCCCGGCUCAUCCUGAGCGGGCACACGCACAGCGGAUGCGAGGUUCUCCAUGACAACAAGUACCCAGAAGUCAGCGUGCCGUCCUUCAGCUGGAGGAACAGGAACAACCCCAGCUUCAUCCUGGCGUCGGUGACGGCGGGCAGCUACGCGCUGUCCAAGUGUUUCCUGCCGGAGGAGAGCACGGUGAUCAGCGUGUACUGCUCGGCGGGCGCCUGCCUGCUGCUGCUCUUCAUGGCUCACUGUCUGUGGAUGAAGGGGCUGCUGCAGUGCCUCAGCCUGGUCCUGCUGGGCAAGCACAAGUCUCUGUGAACUACCUUACCCACGGUGCACCACCCACGGGCUCCAGGAGGAUGGAUGUGCGACUCCCCCCCCUCCCCUUAACCCACAAGUCCGUCCGUGCGGCCUCAGCCUGUUCGUCCGGCACUGUGAAGGACCCGUGUAUUUAUUUUAAACGUCUCUAUCAGUCUCAAAGUUUAUGAAAUGCCGUCUCUGAGGACGAAGGUGAAGAGUGCCAAAUUGUCACAGAUGUUUUAGCCUCCUUGUGAUGAAGUUUCCAUUCAAAAUCAUUAGAAAGAGGAACAUAUGUAAAUACUACCUGAAGUCUGAUUGAAGGUGCUCUGUUUCCCGUGACUCCACCCGUCACCCCACCCUUUGAACACCAUCAGUUCCUGUUGUUGAUGUCAGACCCUCCAUCCAGGUUUCUUACAGAUUUUAUGACGCACGUCCGAAAAACAUAUUUAUCUCUUGACUUUCUUGUCAAUGUUUGUGAGGGUCUUUUUUGCCAAACUGUUGAAACACUAAUGAAGAACUGUACAUAGUAAAGAGUUUUCUGGUGGAUGAAUAGAGGAGUGUGACUCAACGCACCCAAAGCCACAACUAAAAUAAUGUGUGUUUGCAAAUAAAACUGCUGAACAAA